AACCCGAGAGUACAGUAAUGAGAUUCUCCAAUACUUAUUCUUCUUUAGACAUUUAAAUGGGGAAGAAAAGGCGGGAAAAGAAUGUGGCAUCUGAAGAUGUGUAUUGUAAUGUAGUGUAGCAAUGAAGUCCAUACUUACAUUCAGUAAACGGAAAGAAAACACUUUGUAUAAUUUAGAAAUCUAUACAUUUCUAUAAGAAUUUAGAUGUAAAAGCUGUCAUGAUACAAUGUUGAUCUAGUCUAGGAAAACUGAUGCGACAUUUUACAUUACACCGCAAUGUUUUGUUUUGUUCUUUAAAAAAUGUUAUUUCGGUUCAAACCCAGUUCUGAUCAGUUUUUUUUUAUAUUGUGUGUUUAUCAGAGAAAAAGUCCUCGCCAGGUUUAGACAGCCUCAAACAAACGCUCUCUUCUGCUGACAAAUUUUAUUUUCGGUUCCCUGGCAUUCUCAAAAUGGCUCAAUAAUCAAGAACCAUCACUCGGAAAAUACUUCUAGUGCACGGUACCUCAGUGUUUCUUCUUCCAGUUAUGGAACCUGUUCUAUUUUUUGAACCGACUCAUGUUUAUCUCCCAUUCGAGAACGCCUCCUGCUCUGUUUAAACGUUCCUCCCCCCCCCCCCCACACCCUCUCCUGAGUCCAUCUUUACGCAAGAGCUGGACCCUGCUACCUGUCCUGUGUCCACAAAAAGGUGAGUGGACAAACCAAGACCUGGUCCGCUAAUAUAAAAGCCUGGACAUUGGUUGCAAGAGAUCAGACCUGUUGAUUUCACGGAACAAGAAGAAGGACGAUUGUUAGCGUGAGAUCGCAUUGAGGCUACAACUCUUGGAUACAGCAUUUUUCUAAAGUGUUUUUGCUCUUCAGCGACAACUUACAGAUAGUCCACCACAUAGACGUGACUUAUCCACGUUGCUUUUCAUCUUCAUCAAAGGCUUGCAACAACCUGCAUUACAAUCUCCGCAUAUUAUUUCAUAUUUUGUUUAGAAUUAAGGGCAUUAUAACAAGUGCAUAACUCUUUAUACAAUGUAUAUUGUAUAGGUAUAAUAGCUUUGUGCCCACGGAGACAAUAUACAAAUAGUAUAGCUUUGUGCCCACGGAGACAAUAUACAAAUAGUAUAGCUUUGUGCCCACGGAGACAAUAUACAAAUAGUAUAAAGACAAUUUCAGAUUCUUCUAAUUAGGAUUUCGUAAUUUGUCGACUAAAUAUCUUUCACCGUUGUGUCAUAUUAUAAAUACUUUUUCCAUUCAUAAUAUACUCUUCGCUUGGAUACUAAGUGUUCGAUCACCUUGAAUAUCAGUGUUCGAUCACCCUAUAUAAAAUAGUGUUCGAUCUUCUUGUUCUUAUAAUAGCGUUAAGUCUGAAGACUUUCUUUGAAGUAGAAGCAGCUCUGCCGAACAUUCGAAGAUGUUGAUGUUCCUGGCAUCCAGUAUUUUGGUGACCGCGUGGAUGACGUUCCCCUCUGUCGUGCAAGGUCACGGCCGCCUGAUGGACCCACCGGCCCGUAACAGCAUGUGGAGGCUGGGUUUUCCGAACCCUGUAAACUACAACGAUAAUGAACUUUACUGUGGCGGCCGUAUGACUCAGUGGGCUAGGAACAACGGAAAGUGCGGCGUCUGCGGGGACCCCCACCACGCCAAAAGGGAACAUGAGGCCGGAGGUAAAUACGCCAACGGCAUCAUCACACGAGAGUACAAGCAAGGGGAUGUCAUCGAUGUUGCCGUUCACGUCACAGCCAACCAUAAAGGUUUCUUCGAGUUUCGUAUCUGUCCAGUGGAAGACCCAAAGGUUGAAGUGACCCAGGAAUGCCUGGAUAAGAUCGUGCUGGAGAAAGCAGACGGCAAUGGAACAAAGUAUUUUCUACCCGAAAGUCAAUCGAACCAGUUCUUCAACGUGUCACUCAGACUUCCCAGCGACCUGACCUGCAAGCAAUGCGUCAUCCAGUGGAAAUAUCGUACAGGAAAUACUUGGGACAAAGAUGAAACUGGAAAAUUCUGUGUUGGCUGCGGCCCUCAGGAAGAGUUUUACAACUGCGCGGACGUUACGAUUCACGGCCAAAGUGUACCAAACAGCAAUCGAAAUACCAAGCAGGAAAAACCCAUCGGUGAGACCAAGAAGUCUGCGAUCCUGUUCAGCAACGACGACUCUGACAAAGGCUACUACAAUGUUGUUGCCAAACCGGGAGAUUUCAGCGCGCAGAAAGGAAAACUUAUGAAGGAAAGCUCCAAAUAUUCUGUUCUAUCCACAGACGGGAACGCGGUGUUUCAGAAGAAGGAAAGCAACCCCACUGAGAACCAGAUCAUCAUUCAGGCUUUAAAGAAGAUGAACAGCCCGACUAGCAUGUUCAACUCGGAGAGAUUCAGCCUUCUUGACACUUUGAGCAAAGGUUGGGGGGCUCCAACAGGACCCUCGUUUGUGCCAUACCGUUGGCAGGCUGGCGUUCCGAAACAAUCCGAAGCGGACGAGAUACGCAGACGAUUCGCGUACAACAUCGGUGGAUCUCAACUUGGUAAAAGUGUCGCCAGAAACCCAUCAGAUGAUAUGAUUAAUAAGAAAGUAUACCAAAGGACGUCGCCGCUGACCACAACUAGCCAAGGGUUGAAUGAGAACAAGAGCGAAGGAAUAGAUGAAGCAGAUAAAAGCUUCCUUCGAAAAUGGAAACUGAUGAAGAUGAAACACGUUGCCGCACAAGAAGCUUUGAAGAAACCCGGACUGUCACGCUCUCAACCACGACAAAGCAAUGACAUCAAGACGCAGAAGUUUCAAAAAAAUUUACAAAGCAUGCGAGAGAACAGCAAGGGACGAAACUCUCCGUCCAACUCCCCCUUCUCCCCAAUCAAUUGGAAUAAGAACAGAAAUAGUUCACCGAAUGAGCAAGAAACUGUUCGCGCAAAAACGGUGGAAGAGAAAUUCCCUGCCCAGCAAACCUCACAGAAAACAAUGAAGAAGCGGCUACCAUCUUGGUUGGUGACAGCUCUGAAGAUUAAAGUCAAUGCUGAUCAGGAGAAGAGCACAGCCCAAUCUGAACAAAACGACUCCUCCCACUUAAACGACUUUGAUUUUAGUGACAAAGGCAGCAAAGUGAACGACAUUUACAGCAAGAAGUCCCAAGAUCUCGACAAAGACAAAGAUAGUGCCCUGCAAUCAUUUGGAGAAAAAGGAUUUAAGUCUAAAUCUCAGAGAAAAACCGAGAGCAACAGCGUAGCCAGAAGUGAAAAGAGAGAGGACUCUGUUUAUUCCAACACUAAAUACACCCGAGAGCAACCAAUGAACAGUUAUCAACAACACGAUAAACAGUCCACCAUGUCUGAAAACAGCGACGGAAAAAAUCCAAUGCAGUCCAAAGAAAGGGACAGCAACUUGAACAAAGAAGAUACAGAAUCUCUGGUACGCUACAUCAUUGCUACACUUCUCGCACGUAAAAACAAAGCUGGCGAUGACGUUGAUUCGGAAUCUUCGGGGCAAGAUUUUUCAGACAAGUCACUUCCAGAAAAUGCUGACCAGCCUCAGUUUGGCGAUCUAAGUUCUCCAUGGUUCACACCGAAAUCAAACAGCGGUUCACUCCUGAAGUUGACUCAGAACAAAGAGUCAUCGCGCUCAGAUAGCUCUGCACGACAUCCAGGGUUCAUGUCUGCGGUCACAGACUCAAACAAAGUCCAGUCACAGUCAUACAACGGUUUCAUGUUCGGAUCAAACCGUGGUUUCCAUCAAGGCUACACCUCUGGAUCUGCAAAGCCACAAGAAAGUCGACAGGUAGUUUGGACCAGCAAUGACGCUAAGGACAACAGUGCUGCCAUGGAAGCUUAUAAGAUGUCGCUCAACAAGCUCUACGGCAACAUGGACACUAAAAGGAAUGAGUACAGGCAUGACAGCAAACAUUCACAAUCAGUGGCGUAUCAAAGCCCCUUAAGCAACAGGGGCAUCAUUUCAACCUAUCAGGCAUCCAGCCAACCGCAGCAUUACACUAAUUGGGUGAGCUCCGACUCCGUCACCACCGAUGGAGAUUUGGUCCAUGAUCCUAAUCACAUGUGGGCAAUUCGAGCUAAUAAGAGGCAGUCACACUAUCAGCAGCCACCGCAACAGCAACCCGAGGCUCAGCAGCUCGUAUGCAAGGCUUUGGUUGCUUUCGGCGGUGGGAUGGACAGAUGGUGCACAGACAACUGCAAUGCGAACUUCUGCCCCAAUACGAUCUGCGUAUGUAAGAGACAGGAUCCUGUCCCAAUACCUAUCCUUUCCAGCUACUCAGCAGACGAUAACGUAGUCGAGAAAAACAACGACUGGGAGAUGCACAUUCCCAUGAAGAAAACCCACCCCGUGGCCAGAGCUAGUCACGUGACAAGAGACACGCCUUUUUAUAACCCUCUUUUACAGUCCUACGCCACCUCCAGCCAAUAUAAUCCUAACUUUGAUCUCACCCAGCGACGAAAACCCCAUUCCACUGCCUUUAACGCCUUUCUCACAAACCCUCGAUUAUCUCCCCUACCUACGCAAGCGCCGUUUGACUCGUACAGCAGAUUCAGCUCCAAGACAAUGUCUGGAAAAGUACCAAGCCGCAGGCAGGGCGAAAGUUCCCGACAGUACGUCCAAAUAGACACUUACAGAAACAAAAAUUUGGCAGCUCGUGAUGACGUGGAGCACAUUUUCGGGCAGUCUGCCAAUGCUGUUGUUUCUUCAGAUUACAACUCUGGAACUCGAAAAGGAAACUGGUAUAGCCACAAGAACGUCUACCCUAUGGAGGAAGCUUCAUCCAGCCUAAACCGCAACGGCAAUCUCAUAACCCCAGAACGAGUUCCCUUCUCACUUCCCAGCCGCACCGACGUGAGAUCCUCGUCGGGGAACUUCGUCGGGAACCAGUUCCCUGAUUCCAGCCUCUCCGAACGCGUGGGCGCAGAGGUGUCUCCGAUGUCGCAGAUGAGGUGCCGAGCUGUGGGCGCCUACAGGGGGCUUGACCACUUCGACGAGUGGUGCGAGUCGACUUGUUUCAGCUCCAUGUGCCCCCUGCUGAUGUGUGAGUGUGACGAUUAACUCCUUAAACUCUGUGAUAUAUUAGCUCCUGAGCUUAAAUUAGAAAAAAAAAAUGUACUCAAUUUAACCCCUACAUACAUAAAUCUUUUUUUUCGAAAGAACAUGUAAUUGUAACGAACUGUAAAAUAAUGCAUUGAGUUAUACAUUCUUAUUUAUGAUUGGACCAAUUUAAUGGUCAUUAUGAUAAAAAUAUCUGAACAUUUACCACUGAAAACAAAUGCAAAGUGGUUAAGCAUAAUACGAAGAGAAAAGAUCUUGCAUUCUUUGGAACUGAAUUAUCUUAAAGUUUUAAGUCAAAGAGGAUGUUUCAAAUUGUUUUACAAAACAAUCAGUCUCCAAAAAAGCUAAGAAAGUGUCAGUUGUAAAGACUAUGAAUAUAAAACUAGACUAAAAGAUUUCUUUGUAAAAUUACAUGUAUUGAAAUUGACUACGAGAUUCAAUAUUAUAUCGAUAGUUUAAAAUGCAUUAAACUGUUUCUCAAGCCUGUAUAUAGCAUGCAGAAUAAAAAAAAAAUAAGGAUAGGUUUCUUUGAUGUAAUGAUUCACAGCUAUAAGAAACUAACGUUGAAAAAUUCCGAAUGGACUUAGUAACUAACAUAUCAUAAAUAUAUUUAUACAUGUUUUUUGUCUGUUAUAUUUCUAACAUUUAAUAUUUAUACGAUAUUGCUGUUUGUUCGAUAUGUGAAUGUAUACAAUGGUUAUAUGUGUAACGUGUAUGUUUGGGCACUAGUAUGAUUCUUCUUCGUUAUUGUCCAUCAUUAACGUUCAGACAGAAUAUGUCCAUAGGUCUGAUUAAUAGGUUUAUAGUUGGUCUGAGAAUAAAACAUAUGUCAGAUCUAGCAGAUGACAAUAAUUCUCAUACCAUGCAUACCAGUGUUGCCCAACCCAAUUCGACCUGCGGGCCCUAUAGUUGGUGUAAAUCCAUUUUCACCUUUUUUUUUAAGUGUCAAUUUUUAUACACUUUGUGCCGAUGUUUAGGCGGUCCGGAUGGACCACAUCGCGGGCAGGAUCUGGCCCUCAGGCCGUAUUUUGGACAUUACUACUGUAUAGCAUCGACUUUAUCAAUGUAUUGUCUACCAUUGUUACACUCAAAAGUAACAUGUACAUGUGCCAUAUUGAUUUCUUAUGUAAGAUAGACUCCCCAUCUCUUCCCC